CUAUAAGUAUAUUUGUGCACCCCAAAUAAAAACUUAGAGACCAAACAAAACUUUUGAAAAUGAGUGAAGGCAGAAGAACCAGAUCAGCAAAGGCGAAAACGGAGGUAGAUGUUCAGGAACUGCCAGUGACUACGAGAAAUACAAGAAAAGUUCGAAAACAGAAUAUGGAGGAAGAUGAAAGGGAAACAAACAUAGAAGUUGAAAAUGAAGUAACUGAAACAGAAACUGUAGAAAAUCAGUGCGCUAAAGUUGUCGGUAUUCUUGAUUUUGAAAGUCAACCAGAAGUAACAGCUGAUGACACAGAAAGUUCCAAUCUUGGAUUUUAUGACAACUUAACUUUUGAAAAUCCAAUAGAUGAGAAAAGUGAAACACUUGAGUCGGCAAAUCAAGAUCUAUUUAUGGCAGAUUUAGCUGAAGAAAAUGCUAAUAGUGUCCCAUCAACAAUGGAUGAAAAGCUUGCAAUUAUCAAUGAAGAAAUAAACCUUGAUAGUAAUGCACAGAAUACUUUGAGUGAUGAUUAUGAGAUGAAAGAUGAUAAUUUAUCAUUGGAUACAAAAACAGAAGCAGAAGAUACAAUGGCACAAAGUGAAGAUUUGAAACAAAAGGAUGAACAAGCAACUGAUUUAGAUGCUGAAAAUAUUUCUGAAGACGAAUUGCCAAUUCCAACAAAACCCAAAGUCCAGGAUGCUGAAGAAGUGUCUGAUGAAGAAUUGCCAGGACCAAAAAUGGCCGAAUUACCUGCUGACACUGAAGUUGUAUCCGAAGAGGAACUUCCUUCAUCCAACACUCCAAAUAGUGUUAAAAAAGACGGGAAACGAAAGCUUGAAGAUUAUGAUCCUUGCGAUCCUACAGCUGAUGAAAAUGAAUCACCCGAGAAAAAGACAAAAAAGGAAAACGAAGCGAAAAAACCGAAAUUACCUGAUUUGGAGAAAUAUUGGAAGAGUGUUCAUGCAGACCCUGAAGACUUCAAUGCUUGGACCUAUUUAUUGCAGUAUGUAGAUUCGGAAAAUGACGUUGAGGCCGCACGAGAAGCUUAUGAUACGUUCUUAACUAGAUUUUGCUACUGUUAUGGUUAUUGGAGGAAGUACUCUGAUUACGAAAAAAAGAAAGGCAGUCUGGAGAAAUGUGAAGAGGUAUUCGAAAGAGGUUUGAAAGCUAUUCCCUUAUCAGUUGACUUAUGGAUACAUUAUCUCACUUAUGUAAAGCAGAAAAAUCAAGAUGAUCGCGAUACAAUAAGAAGUCAAUUUGAAAAAGCAUUAAAUAUCUGUGGGCUAGAGUUUCGUUCUGACAAGCUUUGGGAGGGUUUUAUACGGUGGGAAUUGGAAGGAAAGAAUCUUCUUGGAGUAGUUGAUAUCUAUGAUCGAUUACUUGGAACUCCAACACAAGGAUACAAAACACACAUGGAUAAUUUCCGCGAACUGGUAAAUAAUAAUCCUGUUCAAAAACUUCUUAGCGUUGAGGAGUUUAAAAAAUAUCGUGAAGAUGUUCGCAAAUGCAGCAAUGAAAAAGGUGAUGAUGAAGCCCCUCCUGGUUUGGAUGAAGCUGAUGAUCAUGUCAGAAACGAGGAAGAAGCAGAUAGUAUCAGAAAACUAAUCAUAAAUAAGCGCAAAAAAAUUAACAAGUUGAAUGUAGAAAUGAUCAAUAAGCGUUGGGCAUUUGAAGAAGGAAUUAAAAGACCAUAUUUUCAUGUAAAACAACUUGAGAAAAUACAAUUAAAAAAUUGGAAGGAAUAUCUUGAUUUUGAAAUUGAGCAAAAAGACAAGAAAAGAACUCUGGUUCUUUUCGAAAGAUGCUUGAUUGCUUGUGCUCUAUAUGAAGAGUUCUGGAUCAAGCUAAUACAUUAUUUAGAGGAAAAUAAAGAUGAUGCCGAUUUCGAAGAGCGAACACGUGAUGUUUUUGAACGAGCAUGUUGCAUUCACCAUCGGGAUAAGCCAAGCUUGCAUUUAAUGUGGUCUGCAUUUGAGGAGUCUUGUAACAAUAUUGAUAAAGCAUCAAAAAUUUUAGAAAAUCUUGACAAAAAGAAUCCAAAUUUGUUACAAAUAGCUUAUCGUAGAAUCAAUUUGGAGCGUCGUCGGGGUAAUAUUGAAUUGUGCACAAAAUUAUAUGAUCAAUAUUUAUCAAAUGCUAAAAAUAAGAAUAUCUCUUCUUCGCUUGCUAUAAAGUUUGCACGUUUUCUGAAUAAAGUAAAGCACGAAUAUGACAGAGCUAUGGAUGUAUUGAAGAAUGCGCUUGAAAAAGAUACAACAAAUACACGAUUAGCACUUCAGAUAAUAGAUUUAGCACUGCAAAGGGAUAAUGUUGACGAAAAGGAAGUUUUGGAAAUAUUAGAUAGGUUUAUGCAGCAGGACAAUUUAGAUAUUGAUCAAAAGCUUUUGUUUGCGCAAAGAAAAGUCGAAUUUUUGGAAGAUUUUGGAAGUUGCAUAAGACAACUACAAGAAUCCCAAAAGGCUUUGCAAAACUUAAUGGAGAAACAUUCGAAGGAAAACAAGAAAAAGUCCAGUGACCAUGAAGUGUCGAAAAAGUCUAAAGAUUCGAGCACAUUAGUCAAUAAUCCAGCAUAUAAUUCAUCAGUUAAUUAUCAGAGUUAUUCCAACACUUCGUAUCCACAAUCCAAUCAAUGGAGUGGAAAUUACAAUUAUGAUUAUAAUCAAUGGAGUGGAAGCUACUAUAAUUCAUCAAGCUAUGGAAACUAUCAACAUGGAAGUUAUGGGAAUUCAUAUUAAUCUUAUUUUUUUUUUUGAUACUAACAUCAGAAAAUUUUACCUAUUCAGCACUUUUCGUUUCAAUAAAUGAGAUGCAACAUUUUAUUACAAAAAUCUUAAAUGUAAAGAUUAUAGAAUUUGACUUUUAUUAA